AUUACUCACAAAACACUCUCCACGCUUAUCAACUCAGUUCGACAGUAUACGAAACCCUUACAUUACUUUUUUUAACUUGUUUGCCAUUCUGUUUAAGCAGCGGGCAUGCUGCGCUUGGUAUACAUUUACUAUGGAACCCUGCUACCUGGAUGGAGCAGCUUGCGGGCUAUUGGACAUGACCAGAGACACUUCAUCGAACUCUGGCUGAAGUAUUGGGUAAUCUAUGCACUGCUGCAGGGACUUGGAGUCCUCACGGAUUUCCUGCUCGGUGGCCUAUCCUUCUACGCUGGUCUCAAGCUUAUCCUGUCCGUGGGCCUCUGGUUCAGUGCCCCAUACAGCACCAAUCACCUGUUCAAUCUGCUUAACACGUACUCUAUGGGAAAACUAUGUCCAGUCGUCGAGAAAGGUGUUCGCUGGCACGAAAAAGUCUGUAGAAACAUUUUUCGCGGCUUUAUGAAAUCACCACUGGUGACAGUGGUUAUGCCAAGGGACGAGGAUGAGCAUAUCACGGAGCCACGGAUCAAUAACCGUCUGCUGAAAAGAGAACUGUCGAAUCUCAUGACGCAGAUUGCAAAGAAUUCGGCCGACCAUCGCCAUCAGCAUGAGAGCCCUAUGAUGAUUCAUUCCCCUCGGCAUUUACGAGCAGCUGAACUGGACAAAUUUAACCGGGAAUCCAUGCACAAUGUCAUCGAUUAUUUAGGCCAGAGAGGGGGGGACCAGCAGUAGUCCGCCCUACUAUAAGCCAACUUCAGCCGUUCAAGAGGAAGGUCAGCCUGAGUAGCAUUAUUUGGUUUUCCUGCUCCUUCCAAAACCUUGGUGUUGAAUCACUCUAGGGGAGUUUACAGAAGAGCAGCAGCUGCCAUUAAUCUUCAAUUAGAAAAGUUCAAUGCCAGCGGACGGGCAUGUUAAUUGAUUCAUGGAUCGGCGCCAGGAAUCGAUGAUCCAGCGAUCAGUAGCGAUUUGUUGGCCAUUGGCCCAUAUUGUUAUUACAAAUUGGUGAACAAAACUGCGACCGAUAAAUUGUUGAAAGCAAAACAGAACACUUGCACGGACCUUUGGCGGCGAUGCAGCUGAUUAAUGGAUAACGCCGAAGGGCAGGCGAAAACAAAAGACUGAAGCAACGAACUUGCUGCGACGGUCGGGACGGUUGUUGCGGCUUUUUGGGGAAUGCUGUUCUGUUGCUGUCGCUGGCAACAAUCUUAAUGCAAUUAGCACACUAUUAAUCUUGAUCAAAAUCCGAAACUCAGCAAAUUCGCAAUAACAACCGCAAUGUAAGUGACGCAUUCGUCAGCGCAUUGUAAAGCAAUUUGUUUCAAUUUCGUGGAUCUGAUUUGGCAAACAAAUUUUCGAUGGGGGUCGAACCAGCUUCUAGAAGCAAUAAGGCGGUUAAUCACUUGAAUAACAUUUAUUGCUUUAUUAAUUUCCUGUAUUUCAUGUGAUCGUACUGAUAAUGUAGAAACACAAGCGUUAGCUUUGCUUAUCAGGAAGGAGAUGGAAUAAUAAACUCUAAUGAUCUGUUGACAAAAGAC